UCUUAAUUCCUCUCUCUAUACACCUCCUCCUCCAUGGCCGAGCCACAAUCCGACGGCACCUCCGAGGGCCGCCGGAAGUCCAGCGGAAAGCGGUCUACAACUGCCAUCGAUGCUGGUGUUGCUGCAGCAGUGCCACUGCCUACGGCGCCGUGCGGGGCGUGCAAGUUCUUGAGGAGGAAGUGCAUCAGCGGGUGCAUAUUCGCUCCGCAUUUCGGGUCCGACCAGGGAGCGGCGCGGUUCGCGGCCGUGCACAAGGUGUUCGGGGCGAGUAACGUGUCUAAGUUGCUCUUGCACAUUCCGAUGAACCGUAGACAUGAUGCUGUGGUGACGAUAUCUUAUGAAGCUCAGGCUAGAUUGUCGGAUCCAGUUUAUGGUUGUGUGUCAACCAUACUUGCUUUGCAGCAACAGGUGGCAUCACUCCAAGCAGAGCUAGCAAUGGUGCAAACACAGCUGAUAAACAGUAGGCUUGCAGUAGCAAAUGCCUUCCACAACACCCACCAACUCCAACCACAUCAACAACAACAACAACAACACAUAGCAUUGCUGCAACCAGGACCAGGACCAGCAUACUCCAACAACUCAUCCUCAACUUCCAACAAUCACCACCACCACCACCACCACCACCUCCUUAACAACAACAACAACUUGAUCAUCAACUCUAGUUUCGACGCCCUUACUUGCGAAACAACAGCACCGUCUUCCCACAGCUUCGAGCCUCUUCAACUUUCUUCGCAAUGUCCACCGAGACCACCUUCUUCCCAAGAAGAUGAAGAUCAAGACCAGGAGGAAGAUGAGGAAGAUAGUCGUAAUAAUCCUGCUGUCUCAUUUGCUCAUCACAUUCUUCGUUCCAGUUAAUUUCUCUCCCCUUCCUCAGAUUUCUUUUUUUGUCUCUUUUCCAUCAAUAACUCUGGCGAUCGUUAUAUAUGUGUGUGCUAUUGCAAAACAUAUAUAUGUAUUCAAGAUUAAUAAGAACAACUCCCAUCUCCCUUGUGCAAUACCCUAGCAUAAGCAUACAUGACAGAUGAUUUACAAAAAUAAAUAAAUUUUAUAGGGUUUAGCUUUUGUCAAAUUCAAAUGAUCAUUAUGUUUGAGUUCUA